UUAUUUCCAUACCGACGUUUGCGACCCUCGCAGACCGCGGAACCAGCCGUGUUACGUGAUUAUACCCGGCCGAUACCGUCGUGGGAUGUUGGGAGCUUCUCGGAACAACCGUUGUCAGGAUAUCUUGCUACAACAUCCGCCUAAAUGGGAAAUUCGCAGGGGAAACAGAUAGCUGCCGGCGAUGAGACGAACCUCAAUCAUUUCCGCCUCCUCCGGGUGGUCGGAAAGGGUGCCUUUGGAAAGGUGCGCAUCGUCGAGAAAAAGGAUACGGGGUUGACGUUUGCCCUCAAAUACAUUCGGAAAGAAGAAGUCGUCCGGUCGGAGAGUGUCCGGAACAUCAUUCGGGAGCGGAGAAUGCUCGAACAUCUGAAUCACCCAUUCCUGUGCAACUUGAGAUACAGCUUUCAAGAUAUUGAGUACAUAUACCUCGUGGUGGAUUUGAUGAACGGGGGUGAUUUGCGCUUCCACAUCUCCCGAAAAUGUUUCACGGAAGAUGCGAUUCGCUUCUGGUUGGCAGAGUUGGGCUGUGCCCUGCGGUAUAUCCACUCGCAAGGGAUUAUCCAUCGGGAUGUCAAGCCAGAUAAUAUUCUAUUAGACUCCGAAGGACAUGUCCAUUUGGCCGAUUUUAAUGUUGCCUCGGAUUUUCGCCCAGGAAAACCGCUCACGAGCAAGUCUGGUACCCUAGCUUACCUUGCCCCCGAAGUGUACGAGGGAGGUGGAUACGCGUCCGAGGUGGAUUGGUGGUCGCUCGGUGUCACGUUCUACGAGUGUGUUUACAAUAAGCGACCCUUUGAAGGACGGAGUCAGGAAGUGUUGAGCGACGCGAUCAAGAAGGCCCAGCCCAGAUACUUUGUCACCAACCCAGCGGUCACAGUCCCCUGCCUGCGGGCCAUGGGUGCGCUCAUGGAAAAGGACCGAAGCAGGCGGAUUGGUGCAGUCAGCUUUGAGAGUUUUACCUCGCAUCCUUUCUUUGCCGAGCUUGAUUUUGAGGCUUUGGAACGGAAAGAGAUCCCCUCGGUCUUCACACCAUCUAGCGACAAGACGAACUUUGAUGCUACGUAUGAUCUGGAAGAGCUGCUGCUGGAAGAAGCACCGUUGGAGGCUCGGGCCCGCAGACAGAAACCGAGAGCGGAGCUCAGAGAAGACGCUACGGCGAAGGAAAUCCGAGAAGACGAGCUUCACCGCUUGAUCGAGACUAUGUUUGAGCCAUUCGACUACACGCUGGCUUCGUAUAAGACAAAUGCGGCGGAAGCAAUCGCAUCGGCAACGAACCCGGAAGACUGCCUUCCUAACGCCUCCUCUACCCCCGCCCCUGCCCCCGGCCCCGGCCCCAACCCCGGUCCAGGGCACUCCCGUCGAUGCUCGCAACCCGAUAUCUCCAGGAACUCGCCCUCACCUCAGAAUGAUGGGUCUACUGGUCGGUUCAAUACCACCAAUAGGGCUCCGUCUCCUUUGUGUGAGGGUGGAGACAUCCCCCCGGCCCCCCUGCCAAAGGACAACUUCCCUGCUCAUCCCACGUCGCAGCCACCUCCCCCGCCGCCAUCGGCUCCCUCGUUCCAUCGUCCGUUUAAUCCACCACCCCCUGCUCAACGUCCCCGGGGACCGGCGCGUAAACCGAGUAAGGCUGGAGGAGUGCAGAUGGUCUUGGAAGAAACGGGUAGCUGGAGCGAGCUUGCGGAUCACAGUUCUACUCUUCCCGCGGAAGGCUAUGACGCCAACGACGCCAAAGGAAAAGGCUCCAACAGUGGCAUGCUGUCGUUUUUGAGCCGCAAAAAGGGACGUGACAGGAGCCCGAAGCCUCAAGAACCCGGUGUUCUGGGUAAAGAGGGUGCCCGACAGAUUAUCAGCUGAACAAACAUCCCCGCACACCACGAAAAUG